GGAGAUCAGUCGGAGUUACGACUCGCAGUACAAGACUCCCAAGCGUUUCCAUCGCUCCGGAGGUAAUUAUUCUGAGAGUUAUAAAGAUAAAGUCAUUCCCGUAAGUAACAAUCUGAAAAUAGAGGAUUAUUUUCAAAGUUUGCCAAAAUCUCCUAAAAAGCAGCCAAGGACAUUUAGAAGUAUGUUGGUAAAAUCUCAGAGCUUAGGUAACCCAGAAAUUCAGACCCGUCAUUGGGAAUUAGAAAACUUUAGACGCCAUUAUUCAAAAAAUUCCAAAAAUACGAGGAACUCUUCGGUUUUGGGGACCGAUGGCCCAGCGGUGGAAAUCAGUGCAGAUGCGCUUUUUCGAAAAUUUCUCUUUAGCUUUCAAAAUGUCCACAAUUCGAAAGAUUCAGACUUGCGAAAUCAUCAAAGUUCCCUUUCUAAUUCCCCUAUAUUUCGAGACAAUGGUCCAGACCCUAAAACCGAUCAGCAAAUCCAAGACAAUCCCUCCGGCCUUCAAGACAAUCAACCAGACCCGAAGAAGACACGAAACAACCGGUCACUCAACGAAGACAAUCAAGGAAAGGCCUCGAGGUCACUGAGAGAAAAUGGAAAGCCUCGAGACAAUGGCAAAAGUAGUCGAGAAACUGACAAAAAUAGUCGACCAGCGGCCAAAAUUGGUCGAACAACUGCCAAGAGUGGUCAGGAAACUAGCAAUGGUCGAGAAACUGGCAAAAGCGGUCGAGAUGUUUCCCAAAUUGGAACGGCGAAAGAACUAAAAAAAAUCGAAACAGUUUUCCAAAGUCGCUCCGCGGAUUUCGUGGAUUCCCAAAGAGAUUCUCCAAACCUGCAAAAGCAAAAUACCGACAGCAACCAACCGAGCUACGGCCUUAAAAAUCAGCCUUCGAAUCCCGAAUCCGCGACCCUUUUCGCUCAAUCCGGAACCACAAACUCUUCAGACACCAUUACUAAUCGUCACCAAACUCACGCUUUAAGGACCCCCAAACGCAGUCCCACUAAUCCACCCAAAAGCUCCCUUCCCGACCCCCUUCCGAAAGCCCGACCCGCCGGCAAGAAGGACGAGGCUUCAGGUGACACUACAUGGCCCAUUAAAAACACUGGUCUCCGGCAGAAGAAGGCUGUAGUGCGUCCAGUGAAGUUCUCUGAAGAACGGGGCUUUCUUUCAGACGUACAGAGUGGUGUUCCUUCUGCCGGUUUGACCUUCUUUGACCUUGUUUGGUCCUCUGAUCCUCCCUCACCCUUGACCUAUUCUCUGAAAGACCAAACUUCAUCCAUGACUUUAUUCAGUGAACCCUUUCAUCACAACCUGACCUUGUCUGUCGAACCACCCGCUCCUCUCAUAUCCUCUCGUGACCUCUCUUCAACCUCCAGUGCCACUUUGACUUCUAAGGCUCCGUCUCGCGUCGUGCCAAUCCUCGGGCUCUUUGACCUGACAGCUCGACCUGACCAGCACUUAGGAGGAAGGUCGGAACUUGCCGCAGCCCAACUUGCCCUAAAGCACAUCAAUGACAAGGGGAUCAUACCAGGUCAUGAACUGGUUCUGUUUACGAACGACACACAUUGUGACAGUGGCAAGGGUGUCGACGCCUUCUUCCAUGCCAUCUACACGUCAAAGGCAAGGAUAAUGUUCCUUUUGGGCGCCGCCUGUCCCGAGGUCACGGAGAGCUUGGCUUCCGUGGUCCCGUACUGGAAUAUCGUCCAGGUGUCCUUCGGUUCAGUCUCACCUGCUCUCAGCGACAGACAAACAUUCCCGCGAUUCAUCAGGACCGUCGCCCCGGACUCCUCCCACAACGCGGCAAGGUUGGCAUUCCUGACCCGGCACGCCUGGUCCACGGUUGCCACCAUUUCCGAGGAUCACGAUAUGUACACGCUGGCUCUGAACGAGUUGGUCCCGGCGCUAGAAUCUGCCAACAUCUCACUGCAAGCUACAGUGACUCUGUCUUCGGAAGAUCUGACUGAACAUUUGCAUACUCUCAAGGAAAAAGAUUGCAGGAUUUUCAUCGCCAGUUUUUCCCCUGAAUUGGCAAGGAAAGUCUUCUGUCAGGUUUACCACCUACGCAUGCAAGGGCCUGGUUAUGCCUGGGUGCUGUCCGGAGAAGCACAGGACAGCUGGUGGAAAACGACGCAAGGAACCAACUGCACCAGGAACCAGCUGGCAGAAGCGGUUCAGGGGGCGGUGCUCGUUACAGCGCACGGUUCCAUUGUGGGAGAGGAGGAGGCUGUAUCUGGACUGACGAACACCGAGUUCUUGCAAGAGUUCAACCAAACAGGACAGAACAUGACUAGUUACGUCACUCACACAUACGACGCGGUGUGGGCCAUGGCGCUCGCCCUCCGCCAGAUCCUCGAGGACAAAGACGAGGUAGAGGUCAAAGGAAGGGCCAAGGGGGAAGUGAAGCGGGGUCAGAGGAGGUCAACCCACAGGCGUCACUUCCCUGCGAAAAGGGAGGUCACCAAUCACCAGGAGAAGGUCACGGGCAUGAGCCAGUGCAGCUCGACGUCUCAGAAGGAAGACAACACCGAGAAACCGACCAUGUCUUGGAUCUUGAGCCGUCUCGCCAAGUUACAGCAGUUUCCCCUCGAGCCUCAUAGAAAAUGGAAAUCGCAAAGAAAACCGAGCCAUAGAGAACCAGGAGGCGAGGACAGCGCUAACGGGAUUUUCAAGACAGAUUCCCGACGAUUCCAGUUCGCCGAUUUCGACUAUUCCAGGGAUGAUAUUGCCGAUCUAAUCCUGGAGAGGAUGCAAGAGCUCAGAUUUCGCGGUGUGUCGGGGCCAAUUUCCUUUGACUGCCCAGACCGAGUCGGGGUCACUGCCUUUUAUCAGAUACAAGGGGGAGCGCCGGUGAAAGUGGCCCUCUACCACCCCGAAGGCGAGUCGCUGGAUCUCUCGUGCCCGGGGUGCCAGGCUCUCGUGUGGCCCGGGGGAGAAGUGCCAGCCUCGCGGGUCUUCAAGCUUCGUGUGGAGACGGUCGACCCCGCGGCCUUCAUCCUCAUGUCGUCCUUGGCCACGCUGGGGAUCUUCAUGGCGCUGGCUUUCCUGGCGUUUAACCUGACCCACAGGCGCCUGAAGUACAUAAAGCUCUCCAGUCCUCGGCUCAAUAACACGACCGUCGUGGGCAGCGUCCUGGUGUACACUGCCGUCAUUCUCCUCGGCCUGGACCACGCCACGCUUCCGUCGCCGCAGUACUUCCCCGUCGUGUGCACGGCCCGGGCUUACCUCCUCUCGGCUGGCUUUUCCCUGGCUUUCGGCUCCAUGUUCACCAAGACGUACCGAGUCCACCAGAUCUUCACCCGUUCUAACAGCGCCGGGGUUGUUAAGAAUAAGCUGUUGAAGGACAAACAGCUGAUCGGCGUCAUCAUGGUGCUGCUAGUCGUCGACAUCAUAAUCGUGUCCGCGUGGAUGGGAGUCGACCCCAUGACUCGGCAUUUGCACAACCUCACUCUCGAGGAACAUAGGGAAGUUGUUUUUCAACCGCAGGUGGAAGUGUGUCGCAGCGAACAUACGAGCGAAUGGCUUGGUGCUCUGUACGUCUACAAGGGUCUGCUGGUGUCUGUGGGUGUCUACAUGGCCUGGGAAACUAGGCACGUCAAGAUUCCCGCACUCAACGACUCGCAAUACAUAGGCAUGAGUGUGUACAACGUUGUGAUUACUUCUAUUAUUGUCAUUGUUGCCGCGAACGUCUUGGGAGAAAGGACGACACUCGCUUACGUCAUCAUAACGACCCUGGUGUUCGUGUCGACGACUACGACGCUAUGCCUGCUGUUUAUCCCGAAGAUUUUGACAAUUUUAAGGAAAGUUGAAGAAGAUCCCAUUGUGGAGAGCAUGGGACUCAAGAUUCAGUCAAACACACGCAGGCUGCUGACGGAGGACAAGCGAGAGAGGUUCUACCGCGUGGAGAUCCAGAACAAAGUCUACAAGAGAGAACUACUGAAGCUGGAACAGGAGCUUCAGAAGCUCGUCCUUAAAAGAAUUGAAGAGGAUGGAGAGGACUUUCCCUCAUUCACGAAAUCACCUGUUAUCGCCUGUUCCAAGCUACAACGGAUCACAAAGUCCAUAACACUCGACAAAGGAGAACGUGCUGGUCCUGUGGAGGCGCGUGUGGGUGCAGGUGGCGGGCGGGACCGGCGGGCCAGGGGGACUACCAUAGGAGGCUCCCCCACCCCUUCCCCUUGCUCCCAGGAGGGAAGCUGCUCGUGGGCGUCCUUGGGGGCAGGGAUCUUCUUUGAUGCCGAGAGGUUCCACGACGACGAAUUGGAGGCUAAACGAAUAGAAGAGGAGGAGGAGGCUGACGAAGAGGAAGACAGGCGAAGGAACGGAAAGAAGAGGAGGGCCUACAGGGCGGUACCGGCCUCUCCUCACCCCCUCCAGAAAUCGAGACUGGUCAAGAGGUCCCCCUUGAAGAGUCGCAUCGGCCGAAAAGAGGAGGAAGAAGGGGGAGAGGAAGGAAUUGUUGAGUUGAGAUACACCCUCAAUUUCUCAACGCCAGUGCUUCAUGAGGCCGACCUUCCAUUUUCUAUGAGUUCGCGCGGGGAUCUCCCGCUCUGUGUUAAUUCACGUGAUCUCCCGUUUUCUAUCAGCACCCACAUCCAACAUGGCCCGCGGGUGUCUUUUCAGGAAGAUUUGAAAAGCAGUAAGAAGAGUAAAAAGAAAAAAGACAAGAACUCCAGUUGCUCUGCAGGGAAUUCCAGAUCUUCGAAAGACAUCAGACUGAAGAUGGAGUGGUCGGCUUGUCUCUCGGACGAAAAGCUUUCGCCUCCAAUGGUGGAAUACAAGGUGUCGGAUCUCGGCCUCCUCUGCCCCCUAAGAAGAAUGAAAAUGUCGAAGGCUGAGGACGAAAAGGCUAUUUCAGAAGGAAGUGCAACGGGGGAAGGAAUAGGAAACAGCUGCUGCUCCGCGGCUGCCGCUUCCACCCUAAAUCACAGGUGGAGAGCCCAGGUUAAUCAACCGGAGACGAGCAAAAUCAAAAAAGCAAACACCACCUCCUCCACCUUUUCGUCCAUAACCACUGAGCCGGCAGCAGUCGCCAGCGGUGUUGCCAGAUCGAACGCCCAUGUUUUUUCAACAGUCAUCGUUCACCGAGUGGGUGGGAAAUGUUCACAUCCUCUAUUUGCAUGGACUUAUAUACGUCACAGAGUUGAAAACAUAGAAAAAACGGAUAUUUCUCAAACCCUUAAUAGGAUAAGCUAUGUCACAGCCUCUGGGUACAAUUCACGGUCGAGUGUUUUGCCAUUCGUUAUAGAAAAUAUUGCAACAGUUAAAGACGAGAGAUAUGAAAUGAUCGCAGAGACAGAAAUAAAAGAAUUCAGUGUGAUUUUACAACCAAUGGAUUCGAAGCGUAUAGUUUUCAGGGUUAAAAAAGUCAAAGAAUUGACGUCCUCUGUGAAGAUCCCUAUAGCAAGGCUACUCGCCUAA